AUGCAAUCCCAACUGGUUUCACUACAGGAGUUGUCCAAUCAUUUGAAGCAACUUAUAGAGCACAUGGACGUGCAAGACUGGCCAGAUUUCUUUCAUACGAACGAUCCGCUGCAGCAGCUAUCUCAAGAUAUUGCGGCUGCUGAAAAAGGCGAGACUGGUUGGAGGUCCGUUGUGGACUCCGCCUGCCUUAUGCUAGAGAGGUACUGGAAUAUCUUGAAGAUAAGUGACCGAAUGGCUUUUAUCAGGAACUGGGGUAGUUUGUGGAGCACCUUCAUUCACGCCAUACCGUAUGUAAAUGCGUGCCGUCUGCAGAAGCUGCUCCAGGAAGGUCAAAUUCACGUCAUGGACUUCGAUGAGAUCCAGUGCCAUCAACCGGGGUUCACUAUCUCAUGUGGUGAGAGACGGUACCACGCAGAUAUUGUUAUCGAAGCCGCUGGCCUGGAGCUGGAUGUUACUCUCCUCGAAGCAAAUCAGCUAGGCGGUUUCUUACUCCCCAAGUUUUGGUUCAAGCCCGCCACCGAAUAUUCCCUAGCUACAUCUGCCUGCCCAAAGCCCGGGGAAUACUACAACUGCCAGGUUUGCGAAAAGCGGUACAAGCGCCGGGAGCAUCUCCAGCGCCACCGCGCCUCACACAAAGUCUCCCGACCGCACCAGUGCGCCUGCUGCGACCGUACGUUCCAGAGACUCGACGUGCUGAAGCGGCACGCGCGCACCUGCGAGGCGAGAGCCGUCGGCUUGCUGCCCCAGAGAAGACGGGCGUGCGACUAUUGCGUGCGCCAGAAAAAGGCUUGCACCGCCGAUCAACCGUGCCGCAACUGCGAGAGGCUCGCGAUCGAGUGCUGCUACUCGGCGGCCGCGAAUGUUAAGCCAAGAAGGGAUAGCACGGCGACAACUACUGUGAAGGAACGCGAAAGUACCGAAAAUGAUUCGAACGAAACCCAAAUGAUGACUCCUCUCGAUUCCCUUUCUUCUGUCCUCGUCCCUUCUGCUGAAAAGAUGUAUUCCGCAGCCCAGACGAACGGCACCCUCUUACCGAUGGAUCCCUUCGAGGCCAGUCUCUGGGACUCGGCGGAGCCCACAGCGGCGUGGCUAGAUUACCUGAAUCCCGUCAUGGGUAUCCCCCAGAUGCCCUUCGACGUCUCGGCUCCCCAGCACCCGCGCCGCGGCAAAACGACACGCGGUCCUACAGGUUUUACUUUUGGACAAGUUUACCAAGCGCACGGGGUUACUCGAGUCCUUUGA